GUCCCAGAGUAUCUUCACCAUGUUAAUAAACGUUUAGAAGAAGAAGGAGACAGAGUAAUAACAUAUUUAGACCAUAGCACACAGAAACCACUGAUUGCCUGCGUAGAGAAACAACUACUAGGAGAACACUUAUCAGCUAUUUUGCAAAAAGGGCUUGAUAACCUGCUUGAUGAAAACAGAAUAUCAGAUUUGACUCAGACAUAUCAGUUAUUCAGCCGAGUAAAAGGCGGGCAGCAGAUCCUUUUGCAGCACUGGAGUGAAUACAUCAAGAACUUUGGGACAACAAUAGUGGUUAAUCCUGAAAAGGACAAGGAUAUGGUGCAAGAGCUACUAGAUUUUAAGGAUAAAGUGGACCAUAUCAUAGAAGUGUGCUUUCAGAAAAAUGAGAAAUUCAUAAACUUGAUGAAGGAAUCCUUUGAAACGUUUAUCAACAAGAGACCAAAUAAGCCUGCAGAAUUGAUAGCGAAAUACGUGGAUUCCAAAUUAAGAGCUGGUAAUAAAGAAGCAACGGAUGAAGAGCUGGAAAGGAUCCUUGACAAGAUCAUGAUAAUAUUCAGAUUCAUUCAUGGUAAAGACGUGUUUGAGGCGUUUUAUAAGAAAGACUUGGCCAAAAGACUGUUGGUUGGGAAGAGUGCAUCAGUAGAUGCUGAGAAGUCCAUGUUGUCAAAGCUUAAACAUGAAUGUGGCGCUGCUUUUACCAGCAAACUGGAGGGCAUGUUCAAGGACAUGGAACUGUCAAAAGAUGUCAUGGUUCAGUUUAAACAGUAUAUGCAGAACCAAAGUGACCCAGGAAAUAUAGACCUCACAGUAAAUAUAUUAACUAUGGGAUAUUGGCCAACAUACACACCUAUGGAAGUCCACUUGAAUUCAGAGAUGAUUAAGCUUCAAGAGGUAUUUAAAAUGUUUUACCUGGGAAAACACAGUGGCCGAAAGCUUCAGUGGCAGACCACUUUGGGGCAUGCUGUCCUAAAAGCAGACUUCAAGGAAGGGAAAAAAGAAUUUCAAGUAUCGCUCUUUCAGACAUUAGUGCUGCUUAUGUUUAAUGAAGGGGAUGAAUUCAGUUUUGAAGAAAUUAAAAUGGCCACUGGUAUAGAGGACAGUGAAUUAAGAAGAACUUUGCAGUCUUUAGCCUGUGGUAAAGCACGAGUAUUGAUUAAAAAUCCAAAGGGAAAGGAUGUAGAAGAUGGAGACAAAUUCAUGUUUAAUGGUGACUUCAAGCAUAAAUUGUUUAGAAUAAAAAUAAAUCAAAUCCAGAUGAAAGAAACAGUGGAGGAACAGGUCAGCACAACUGAAAGAGUAUUUCAAGAUAGACAGUAUCAGAUUGAUGCUGCUAUUGUAAGAAUAAUGAAGAUGAGAAAGACGCUUGGUCACAAUCUUCUUGUUUCUGAAUUGUAUAAUCAGCUGAAAUUCCCAGUAAAGCCUGGAGAUUUGAAAAAGAGGAUCGAAUCUCUCAUUGACAGAGACUACAUGGAGAGAGACAAAGACAACCCCAAUCAGUAUCACUAUGUUGCAUAAUGGAGAAGAAGUCCUUUUAUAUUUAAA